GAUCGUUGCUCCAACAUUCCUUUUUGUCUACAUUCUCUGUCCUUUGAACAUGACAAGUCGGCUUUACGAGUACCGUGCUAUUCGCAUUGAUUCUCGUGCCACCCAAACACCUCCGCGGGCCAGUACACCGUCCUUGACACGACCACUCCCAAGAACUCACCGUUAUAGUUUGAUGAUCACAUUCCCUCUCCACCGACCAUGUCCACCGACAUCCUCACCCAGCUCCAAACCACCUACGACCAACUCCUGACUCAAUUCUUUUCGACGGUUUCGUAUCUGUCUCAGCGUCACCCUCUGGUCGCCCCCGAACCCGACCCUUCGGACCCGUACACGAACCCACCGGCUGUACACGCGCAGGCCGUCCAGACCCCCACCGCCACCAAUCCGGACGGGGGUUCCGCGCAAAACGGCGGCCUGUUGCCUGGCCCCGAGGACACCGACCGGAGCGUGUACCCCCUCCGACCCGCGUCGGCGGGUACGUUCGAGUCCGCCCAGCGAGAGUUGGCCGAGGACCUGGUGGCCAAGGCCCAACAGAUUGAGUUUUUGAUCUCGCGGCUCCCCGGGAUAGGGAGGGGCGAGGACGAGCAGGCCCGCGAGAUCCGGGAGCUGGUCGAGAGGGUCAGGGCGAUGGAGGUGAGGCGCAAGACAAAGAGAAAGGAGAUGAGGGAGACACUGAGAAAACUGGACGGGGUGGUGCUGGGGAUGGCGCAGAGCGUCGACUACGAGGAAGAGGAGGAAGAGGAGGAAGAGGAGGAAGAGGAGGAAUCGAACGCGGGUCACGACGGUGCGAAUGGAACCGUGGCCGGUGUUUGACAUACACAGGCGGGCAAAGACUCAAGCAAAUGGGAUCUUAAGACAUAGAGGGAACCGAAAUCAAAAGCAAUCGCUCCGGCAUCACGAUGGGCGAAUGCGAAAUGGGCAGGAUCACUACCGUCAAUGGGAUGUUCUCGUCCACCUACUCUACUUGAAGGACAUGUGACCAACCCUGUUUCUGGUAAAGGUCAAGGAGAAGAAGACCAAAAGGUAAUCGAGCCCAACGAUACUCUAUUCAUGGCCGACACUGGCAUGUCAUCAAGGGGAAUCAUCAUUCAAAAGGACCAUCGUCUCGACCGCGCCAUAACACGGCUCUUUAGGGCUAUAAGGAAGGACCUUCUUUAAACCAAAAAAGGAGACAAAGAAACACAAUCCAACACGCUCGCUCAAAUGGCCAACAACGGCUUGAAGGCUCACGAUGAAAAAGAAACAAAAAUGGUCCACACCACAUUCUCCAAAAGAAGACCGUCCCCGAACCAAUAUGAUGGAUAUCCCGACCGACAAAAAGGUCACCUUGCUCAAUCACUCCACAUAAAAGGAUGCUCGAGUCCUCCGUACAGGCUGAGAGGUUUUCUAAACCAUCGUACUCCUUCGGCGAGUAAUCGUCUGAUCGGGACCCUGGCUGAUGACACCUUUAUUCGUAGAUGUGUUAGUCGCACUAGAUAGGUUCGAAGCUACGCUGCUCGAGCGCUUCGUGCCUGACGUCCGGGAAGAGGAUGCGUCGUCUUUCGAACUUGCUGCAGAGCCGGGCCGUGACGGAGGCGCUUUGGAGGUUGAGCUCGUCCGGGAUAGGGGCGUAGAACCUUGGGCGGGACCUGAAGGGUUUGGUGUAGCUUGAACAGAGUGCCGCCUGGUCACAAGCCCAGAGGGACUUACCCUCCGUGGUCUUGGUGCCUUGGAGACCUUCUGUGGUUCUUCCAUGGGCGAAGAUACUGGCGGAUCAUAGAUGCUCAAUCGAUCUACCGCUUCCUUGAGUUGUUCACCGAUGCUGUGUCGACGGUCGUGUUUUGG